AAGACUUUAUAAAAUAACGAUUCCUCCUUUACAAAGAAAAACAUGGCGUCCGCUGCCCUUAUUCCAACAGCAUCCAUCACAACAAAGACCUUUGGUGAUAGACCCAAAUCAUUCACCUUUGAAGAAAAUGGGGAAAGAUAUUACAUUGGCUCAGAGGUGGGAAAUUAUCUCCGCUUAUUUCGAGGAUCUCUGUAUAAGAAGUACCCUUCCAUGUGGAGACGUCUCAUUACUGUUGACGAAAGAAAAAAGGUUUCAGCAAUGGGUUUUGGAAUGCAUUCUCUAGCAACGAACAUCACACUGCUCAAGGCAUCAGAGGUAGAUGAGAUUUUUGAAGGAAAUGAUGAGAAAUAUAAGGCAAUUUCAAUUGGGAGUGAUUCAUCAUUUGCAAGGGACGCCAAGUCAAAAAGGGGAAAUAACUGGGUUCCAACCCUUCCUAGCAGUUCUCAUCAUCUGGAUGCUGUUCCUUGCUCAACACACAUCAACAGAAACCGUUUGGGAAAACCGAAAAUACGAACAUUCCCUCUUUGCUUUGAUGACACAAAUCCUGCGUUGAUUCAUGAAAAUGCUGCUGUGCCGGAAGUGUUGGUGCCUAUACGACUGGACAUGGAGAUUGAAGGACAGAAGCUGCGAGACUGCUUCACCUGGAACAAGAAUGAGAUGUCCAUCACACCAGAGCAGUUUGCUGAAAUAUUAUGUGAUGACCUUGACCUCAAUCCAAUAAACUUCGUGGCAGCCAUAGCACAGGCUAUUCGUCAGCAAAUCGAAGCCCACCCUACUGAGUCCAUGUCAGAGGAGCAAGGUCCUGAUCAGCGGGUUAUACUCAAGUUGAACGUUCAUGUGGGGAAUGUAUCACUAGUUGACCAGUUUGAAUGGGACAUGUCUGAGCCAGACAACAGUCCAGAAGAGUUUGCUACAAAACUAUGUGCAGAACUAGGGUUGGGAGGUGAGUUUGUCACAGCCAUUGCCUACAGCAUCAGAGGACAGUUAAGCUGGCAUCAGCGGACCUAUGCCUUCAGUGAAGCACCACUGCCAACAGUGGAAGUUGCCAUCAGAAAUCAGAAUGAGGCAGACUCCUGGUGCCCAUUCCUGGAAACUCUGACUGAUGCUGAAAUGGAAAAGAAAAUUCGUGACCAAGACAGAAAUACUAGACGAAUGCGAAGGCUGGCAAAUACAGCACCUACAUGGUAGAUCAGUUUGGUUUUUUCAAACUUUACCUUGAACAAUUCUUUGGAAUUAUCAAUAAAUGCUAUUCAUUAGUAAA